AUGGCUGCAGCAUCAUCCACUCAAUUAGCACUCCAUCUUGCAGACAGAGCUCUCACGCCUAUCAUCUCCUCAUCUCGUCAGCCAUCCUCCAACUCUCCCGCGCAAACUCGCAGUCAAGCGCAAGCACUUUCGUCCCUCACCACUACCGCUGUUACAGCAUACGAAUCUGCAUCGCGACUAGGGCUAGGCGUUCCUGAACGAAUAAUGAUUGAAACCCAUUCUUCGGGCCCAAUCGUCCUACAUUCUUAUCUGAGUCCUCUACCGACGCAAAGACCACGAUCACGUCGGACACAAAGUCGAGAUUCUGGGGAUGGUGUCGCAGAUCAAAGUCGAGCGGAGAGACCGACCCAUGGAAGUGUAGACAACAGGAGCGUAGAAGGACAAGGCUACGAAGUGUUGGUGAAUGGCGUCGAGGAACUUGAUAUUGAUGAUGCGGAAGAGGCAGGAAAUGAUUCGGUGUAUCAACCUCCGUUGCUGAUUGCCUCAGUGGUUGCGCCCAGCUCUGCGGAUAGUGGAGAAGCCAGAAGAGCGGCUGCAAGGUUAGAAAGAACUGGGAGGACUUUUCAACGAGAAUGGAUUCGACUUCGAGAACAAGACCAAAGCCGGCAACUCAAUGAAGUCGCCGAUGAAGACGAUAGGUGA